AUGUUUGCUGAACAUAUGGGGCGUGAUGCUGUUCCUCCGCAAUUCCGCAUCGCGUGGGUGGUGGGGCAGGCCGGCAUCGCCCUCUCCUGCCUCAUCGUCUUCAUAGCUGGCGCGGUCUGCGUUAUCACCACGCUCUCCUUAAGCGCUAUCUGCAGUAAUGGCGAACUACCUCUACAGGGAGGUGGAGUAUAUUUCCUAGUAUCAAGAUCUUUAGGAGCAGAACUAGGUGCAUCCGUAGGAAUAAUAUUCGCAUUCGCUAACGCUGUAGCUGCAAGUAUGAACACUAUUGGUUUCUGCGACUCUCUAAAUGAGUUGCUAAAGUCAUGUAGUGUUAAAAUAAUUGAUAAUGGUCCCAAUGACACGCGGAUAGUUGGUGCUGUCGCUUUGUUCGUUAUGUGUGUCAUAUGUGCUAUUGGCAUGGAUUGGGAAACAAAAACACAAAACCUGUUAAUAGUGGUCAUAGUUACAGCAAUAACAAACUUUAUACUGGGCGUCGCGAUAGGACCACGCUCUGAUGAAGCGAGAUCACGCGGCUUUGUUGGUCUCAGAGUGAAACAGGGCAAAGAGAAUUGGAAUCCAGAUUUUCGCUUCAGCGAGGGUAAAGACCAUAACAUAUUCACCAUGUUCGCUAUUUACUUUCCCGCCGUUACUGGUGUACAAGCAGGCGCUAACAUUUGUGGAGAUCUUAAAGGUAUAUCGGCAGCUCUGUACAUGGCGUGGCUGGAAGUGAUGAGCCACGACAUGCCACCAAUUCUAUUUGUACGGGGCAACUCUACCAUGGUCAUAGAGUAG